AUGGAAAAAUUAAUUCCCUUAGUCAAUCAGCUUCAGGACUUGGUGUUUAAUACCAUCGGUUCUGACUUUUUGGAUUUACCCUCCAUCGUCGUGGUUGGAUCUCAAUCUUGCGGUAAAUCAUCGGUCUUGGAAAAUAUAGUCGGUAAAGAUUUUUUACCCCGUGGAACUGGAAUUGUCACCAGAAGGCCCUUGAUCUUGCAACUUAUCAACCUGAAAGAAGAAGAAUCCAAUUCCGAUGUUAAUCAUGAAGAUCCCCAGCAGGAUUCUUCCAAUACGGACGGUACUACCGCUUCUCUGGAAAAUAGAAGCGACCAGGAGGGAUAUGCUGAGUUUCUCCAUUUACCCAAUGUUCGUUUCACUGAUUUCGGAAAGGUUCGCGCUGAAAUCGAAAAUGAAACCUUGCGGGUUGCUGGUGCUAAUAAAGGAAUAAACAAAUUACCGAUUAACCUUAAAAUUUACUCAAAACAUGUCUUAAAUCUUACCUUAAUUGACCUCCCUGGUCUCACGAAAAUCCCUGUUGGCGAUCAACCUACGGACAUUGAGUCUCAAACUCGUUCGCUGAUUAUGGAGUAUAUUGGCAAGCCCAAUUCAAUUAUCUUAGCUGUGUCUCCUGCUAAUUUUGAUAUCGUUAAUAGUGAAGGAUUAAAGCUUGCUCGACUUGUUGAUCCUAAAGGCAAACGAACAAUAGGUGUAUUAACCAAACUUGACUUAAUGGAUCAGGGAACCAAUGCAAUGGAUAUUUUAAGUGGACGCGUAUAUCCUCUAAAGUUGGGAUUUAUUCCAACUGUAAACCGUUCUCAAUCCGAUAUCAUUUCUCAUAAGUCUUUAAGAGAUGCUCUUCUGUCAGAAAAUGAUUUCUUUGCAAAUCAUCCUGCGUAUCGAGCUAUUGUAAAUCGGUGCGGAACGUUUUACCUUGCUAAAACUUUAAGCAAUUUAUUGAUUGCUCAUAUAAGAGAUCGUUUACCCGACAUUAAAGCACGUUUGAGUACAUUAAUUUCACAAACCCAAUCCCAGUUAGAAAACUAUGGUAUUUUUAAAGUAUCCGAUAAAGCUCAACGUGGAAUUAUACUUUUACAGGCUAUGAACAGAUUUGCCAAUUCAUUUAUUGCCAGCAUAGAUGGUAACUCGUCCAAUAUACCUACAAAGGAGCUUUCUGGAGGUGCUCGUUUAUACUCCAUUUUCAAUAAUGUGUUCUCCACCACUUUGAAUUCUAUCGAUCCGUUGCAGAAUCUGUCUAUAACGGAUAUCCGGACAGCUAUUCUUAAUAGCACUGGUUCUAGGGCUACAUUGUUUCUUUCAGAGAUGGCAUUUGAUAUACUUGUAAAGCCUCAACUGGCUCUUCUUGCUCCCCCUUGCCACGAAUGUGUCGAGCUUGUUUACGAGGAACUGAUGAAAAUAUGUCAUUACUCUGGUGACACUGAUAUGUCUAGAUUUCCAAAGCUUCAAACUGCCUUGAUUGAGACUGUGAGCGAUUUAUUACGUGAAAACUUAUCUCCUACGUUUUCAUUUGUUGAAAGUUUGAUUUCCAUACAGAUGGCUUACAUCAAUACUAACCAUCCUGAUUUCUUAGGCGUUCAGGGAGCCAUGUCAAAUGUGCUUGCUAGAAAAAAUCAGCAUCUUACUACUCGUCGUCGUUCGGCUUCUUAUUCAAAUCCAGUAGUUGAUACUACAAAAAAUGAUAAUCCCGAUAGUUCUAUUACGGACAUUGCAAGCUCAGACGAUGUUACGUCUGUUACGCCUAAUAGGAAGUUACAAAAUUUUGGUUCGGACAACCUUGAAAGAAAAACGUUUCUUAGUUACGUCUUUGGUGCCAACAAUUCGGUUAAGCGGGCACCCAUGCACUCCAAAAGAUUGUCUAACAGCUUGUCUUUGAAUGAGCCGGUUCAUAUGCUCAGUGAUCAAACCAACACCCAACCACAAUCAAAUUAUGCUAAUAGCUUUCCGGUAAAAAUGACUGAUCUUUCUAGCGAGGUUGAAUCCAUGGCACUAGAAGAAAUGACAGAGCGUGAAGAACUUGAAGUUGAAUUGAUUCAAGAACUUAUAACGUCGUACUUCAUUUUAACUAGAAAGAUCGUCGUUGAUCAGGUUCCCAAAGUUAUCAUGCACUUACUCGUUAAUGCAUCGAAAGAUGCUGUGCAAAAUCGCCUUGUAAGUAGCCUUUAUCGUGAAGAGCUAUUUGACUCUUUAUUAAUUGAGGAUGAAAACAUUAAGAGUGAACGCGAAAAGAACGAGCGUUUGCUUUCUGUUUAUAUGCAGGCUAACAAAAUGAUUUCUAAUGUCUUCUGA